CUAUUCUCAAAGGAGAAAAAAAGCCGAUGAAUUAAACCACAGAGACGAGAGUUAUUUUGAGCGUAUGCAUUUGUUUUUCUAUAGCAGACAGCGAUAUGUUUACGAUGUUUGUGUAGAUUCCUUUUCACAAAUGCACCCUUUUCGCACAUUGUGUUUAUUCAAUUUUGUACUGGUACAGGAAAAACAUUAUUCUGUAACUCAGUAACUUUAAUUAUAUUUCUUUUAAUUUUGUAAUGUAGAAUUAACUUAAUGAAACUUAUAAUUGUAAUUAGCCCUGGUUUGCGUAUCGUAUUCUUGCAAUUGCUUUUAACAUAUAUUUUGUCUUUUGCCAUGUAGGCCUACUGUUUCACAAAGAGCCAUACAUUUAAUUUAAACAGAGAUUAAAGUCUCCACACUAAUAACACUACGAAGCAAUUAUUGUAUCAGAACUAGUGUUAUUUCUUGGAGAAUACUGAGGAUUAUAUAUUACGUUUCUUGUGGAAUGUUAGAAUUUGUAAGUGACUACAGGAUAUUUCAAUACCAAAGGUAAGUGGAUAUUUAAAAAAAAAAAAAAUAUUUUAAUUUAAGAAUAAUAAUUUUCAAAAAAAAAAAAAAUAUGAUUAAAUGGCCAAAAAUAGUAUUACCUAUAAUAGGUCCUGCAAUAAUAAGUUGGAAUGGCACUAGAAUUUAAAAAAAAAAAAAAUAUUUUAAUUUAAGAAUAAUAAUUUUCAAAAAAAAAAAAUAUAUGAUUAGAUGGCCAAAAAUAGUAUUACCUAUAAUAGGUCCUGCAAUAAUAAGUUGGAAUGGCACUAGGCCAGUACUAUAUACUUAUUACGGAGACGUGGUUUAAGCAGGUCGGAGAUGAGGUCAAGCUGCAAGAAAUUACACCUCCGGACUACCUCCUUCAUUCCUGCCCAAGGAUGUCUCGUGGUCGUGGGGGUAUUGCUGUUCUUUACAGGAGCUCCCUCAAGAAUAGUUUGGUGUUCUCAAAAUCAGACCAGUUUGUUUCAUUUGAGAUGUGCAAGAUGCAACUUAAAUUAUUGUGACCAAGCGAUUACGAUUCUGUGCAUAUACAGGCCACCUCUCAAUAAACGAAAUAAGUUGAAGGCCUCCCAGUUUACUGCUGAGUUCAUAAAACUCCUAGACACGUACGCCUCUACAAAUAGCAACGUCAUAAUAAUAGGUGAUACCAAUUGCCACUUUGAUUCCACCACUGACAGCUAUGUGAAGACUCUGAAAUCAGCUCUUGACACACAUAGUAUGAUCCAGCUUGUCAGUGUCCCGACACAGAAGAGGGGUCACAUCCUGGAUUGGCUAGUUGUCAGAGGGGACCACGCAGCCGUCAUCCGCAUCCUCCUUAUUGAAGAUAAAAUGAUCUCUGAUCACUUUCCCAUAUUCUUUGACCUUGACUUGAAGAAGCCAGGGUGCCCUCUGCGCACAAUCACACCUCGUGACCAGCGAAAAAUUGAUCUAGUGACCUUCAGAUACAACGUCGCCGCCCUCAGGUGCAGUGAAAAGGACCCAGCUACAUCCUACAACAGUGGCCUCCGAGUCAUUUUAGACAAACAUGCACCACUGUCCACACGGCACGUUGCGGACCGCCCUUCCACCCCAUGGCUCACGCCUGAAAUAAAGGAAGCGAAGCAGAAGCAGCGACGAGCAGAAGGCUUAAUGGCGGAAGUCGGGUUUGACCGUGAACCGAAAAAACUUUGUUGACCAAAGGAAAAAACAAAAAGUUGGUCCUUGCAGCUAGGACUGAGCAUGUUAGCCAUCAGAUUAAAGCCAGCAUUUCAAGCAAGGACUUAUUUCGCAUUGUGGGUCAGCUGACCAGUAAAAACAAGUCUUCAUCUCUGCCAAAUAACAUUGCUGUAGAAAAGCUCUCAGACGCUCUAAAUGACUACUUUAUUACAAAAGCUAAGAAGAUCAGGACGAAACUUGACAGUUGCAUCAAUACUGCUCUAGAAUUCUCACUCUUCAAUGGCUCUUCUAUGGGUGAAUUUGUUGAGUUCAGUGACUCGAAUGUGAGGAAAAUCCUCGCUGAUACCACAAGAAAAUCAUGUACGCUUGACACUCUUCCAGCAGGGCUCAUUUAUGAAUGUCUGGAUGAAAUGUUCCCCAUCAUCACCUGUAUCAUAAAUCAGUCCUUAGCUACUGGUAUUGUUCCAUCAUAUUUAAAAGAGGCGAUCGUCACACCACUUUAAAAGACUAAAAUCUUGACCCAAAUGUCAUGGAAAAUUAUCGCCCCAUCUCAAAUCUACCAUUUAUUUCUAAAAUCUUAGAAAAAGUCGUUCUCCGCCAACUCCUGGAUCACCUCUCUCAGUUUGACUUGUUUGAACCAUUCCAGUCAGCAUACAGGGUGAAUCACUCUACUCAGACAGCCCUGUUACGCGUCGUAAACGACCUUCUGUCUUCUUGUGAUGACGGCCAGGUAUCGAUUUUGUCUUUACUCGAUUUAUCGGCAGCUUUCGAUACGCUCGACCACGGCAUACUGCUCCAGCGUCUGCAAAAAACAUUCUCACUGAUACCGUCCUGUGUUGGUUCCGAUCGUAUCUGACUAAUUGGAUCCAGUCAGUUAUUUCAAACGGCUUGGCCUCGAAGAAAUCUAAUAUAAAAUUCGGAGUACCCCAGGGCUCGGUCCUAGGCCCGAUGCUUUUACGAUGUACAUUCAGCCCCUGGGUGCAGAGAUCAAGCAGUUUGACAUGCAAUACCACAUGUUCGCAAGUUCGACCAUGCUAAAACACUUCUGAGAGAGUUGCAUUGGAUGCCGGUGCGUGCUCGCAUAGAGUACAAAAUCGCAACUUUGUGCUACCUCUGCUUGCAUGACUUGGCUCCGUCCUAUCUGAAAGAGCUGCUGACGCCUUAUGUACCCACUAGACAACUCCGCUAAUCCGAUAGUGGCAAACUCUCAACACCACGUGUUUGGCUUGAGACUUACGGAAAGCGCACUUUCGCAUUUGCUGGUCCAACAAUUAGGAACGCCCUUCCUGUAGUUCUCAGAAACAAACAGACACUGGAGUCCUUUAAAACCGAUUUAAAGACACAUCUAUUUCGCAAACACCUUCUGGGAUGAUUGUCAACAUUAUUUUCCAGUUAAUGCAUAAUGGCUGUGUUGCUUAUGGUUGAAAUGGCUAGAAAGACUUUGCCAUUGUAUGCUUGUACUUAGUUUUUGUCGUGUUGCGUUUGUUUUAAAUGUGGUAAACUAUAGAUUUGUUUUUUUGUUGACUUUGUACCGCGCUUCGAGCCUUUGGGGAUGAAGCGUGUUUUUGAAAUGAACUUUAUUAUUAUUAUUAUCUGGUUGAGAUACCAAAGCGGCAUCGUCCGCAAACAAGAACUCCCGCAUCAAGACCUUUCUUGUUUUAGCCUUAGCUCUAAGGCGGACAAUGUUGAAUAAUUUUGCCGUCAUCUCUAGUGUGCAUGCAUAUCCCCUCGCUGUUGUUCUGAAAGGCAUACUGGAGUAGGAUGGAGAAAAAGAUUGCAAAUAAAGUAGGAGCCAGCACCCAACCUUUCUUUACUUCACUACUCACUGGAAAAGCUUCUGAGGUGGCACCGUUAUAGCACACUGUGCCCUGCAUGUUGUCGUGGAACUGCUUUAUGAUGUUAAGCAGUCAUGUACAUAUAUAUCAUUGUGAAAUCGUUUACCUUUUUAUUUGCUUAAAAAUAUAAUGUCCUUAUUAAGUUGUUUACAUUUAAAAGCAUAAACUCUUUUCACAAAAUAAAAACAUUAAAUAUCAGGCUUAAGGUUCACUAUAAACAUGAGAAGAUUAAAUGUGUAUCGUUUUAUUUAUCUGAGGACCAUCAGAAAUAUCAACGUUGGUCUCCUCAUUCAUCAAUGAUUUUUGGUAAUUUAUCUUUUUAAAAACAAAAUUGAAGUGAUUGUAUUCGUCGUUUCCAUCUGGAUUGCCGAUUUAAUUAAAAGCAUACUUGAUGCAUUAUUCAAUUUUAACUACAUUUUAUACUAUCGAUGAAACUUGCCACUAACCAGGGGUUAUACUAAAAGACAAUUGCUCUUCAGACGCUUUUUGAUGUCAUUGAAUAAUAAAAAAGUCACAAUUCGUUUUCAAAACAUAGAAGUAAAUUCUAACCUCCAUUUUUUUUUUAAUUUUGGAGUAACGAAAUAAGUAUGCUUUUUUAAAAAAAAACAGUAUGUUAAAUCCUAACUGUUAUGUUUAACACAUUUUCGUUAAUAGUGUUAAAACUGCUAAGUUGUUUGCAAAUAGUAUCAUAAUCCUUACAUUUAUAAGACAUGUAAAAUAUCCUGUGAGCACUGUCGUAAUUCACGGAAAGCAGGAACAGAUACAAAACAUGAACCUCGAAAAAAGCUUACUUUACUUGACUGAAGAUCGAUCUUGGCAUGAUCAAUCGUCACAAGUGUUUUCGCAUUCUGUAAAUUCUAUACUUUAUAAACAUUGAUAUCAAUUGCUUCGACCUCAUUUUCCCCCCUCCAAACUAUAGAUACUUUUAAUGCAUAUUCUCUUUCAUUCGUCAAUUAAAGCAAAUAUUAUGUUCAUGAGGACCCUUGACAAAUCUUCAUCACCUUUCUUUGCACAAUAUAAUCUUCAUAUUCUAGAUUUAUGUUUUGUGUUUAACAAUGUGUAAUUUUUUUUUACAAAAAUGUUCUCUUAAUUUGAAUUCGUUAUUCGUUUUUAUUAAUCUAGUCUCAAUAAAAAUUAUUAAUAUACUUUUAAUAUUUUUUGUGUUCAUUUUUACAGAGUAAUCAACAUCUGAGCAGUUUUAAUAAUUUAAAGUACCCAGCACUGAAUUAAAAUGAACAUCCUUGUAAUUUUAUGGAUUUUUACAAGAUUUUGUAAGUAUAUUCGUGGAUAUAUUUACCUAAACCAGGGGUCUCAAACUCAGAUUAUUCGGGGGACGCAGCAGGUAGAGUAUGAGUGAGACUGGGUCGCAAGUACUCCACACAAACCGAUGAUAAAUUCAAUAAAUUACACUUGUUACAAUCUGCUUAACAUUUAUAUUAAUAACAAAUAAAAACAGUAGGUUUUCUCAAGAAAUAGGCUUCACUCACUUUCUCCCACACCUUGUUGCCAGAUACUUGAAAGUGCUUAUUUUUACAUAGCUGAGCAACAUUUGGCUAAAGUAAGGAAGCCUCUGAGACACUCAGUAUAGAUUGAAGAUGCUCAUCAGUAAGUUUGGCCCUGAACUUUGACUUGUUAAAGUUCAUAGUGGAAAAGAGUAUUUCACAUGAAUAAUUACUCCAAACAAGGCACAUGAUCCGCUUGAAAAACCUGGAAAUCUCAGAAGAGGUGGAGGGCAAUGCUCUCAUAAAUUGUAUAAGGUUUACCACCCAAAACUUAGCCUUGAAUUUAAAAUCAGCUACAUUUUAAGCGCAAUGGGGUAUCUUUCACAUUGAAGGGAAAAGGGUCACAUAAAAUGUAAAAAGUCUGGAAACUAUAACAGACCAAGUUAACCACUUCUGACACGAAUGUAACAAUGCUUGGUGUGACAUUUUUAACUAAUAUUUUGAUUUCAAUUUAGUCUUUGGCCUGCAGCAUCUAAACGUGUGAUCAAAUUAUUUGUGUAGCUUUUCAAUGCCAUCAGUAUACUUACUACUAAAUUGUGUGCCGGAGUCCAUGAGUACUUUGCAUGUUCGGAUAUGGCAGAGGUUUUUUUGAGAAAGAUGUGCUUUCCAUAACACAUGUUGUGUGCAGAAUGUCCUGAUAUUGCUAUAGGCAACACUGACAAGCUGCCCCGGGCAUUUUGUAACAUUUUGUUCAAAACAUUCAGCACCUGUGUAAUGUCACCAAGAAAAGCCAAGUCCAUGAGCCACUUGGGAUCACUUAUUAUAGGAACAGCCUACCCAUCCUUCUCCAUGAAGGCUAUGGUUUUCCCAAUCAACUUAAAAAAACCUGUUCAUGACGUUUCCUUACUAAGCCAAAAUGCCUCGUUGAAGUAGAUAGCAUCCUCUUAUUAACUCUAAAAAGGUGCGGAACUUCCAGUGGUUUAAGCCCCUGGAUCUGAUAUGGUUGAUGCAUUUCACGUCAGACAUAACAUUGUCAAACUACAGGCAAUUGCAGCAGAGGGCCUUUGAUGGAAGAUUCAGUGUAGAGCAACGGCCGUUUCCACACCCUCCUCUUCCAAUUUUCUUUUAACCUGUGCCACGAGUCCAUUUAUUUUCCCAGUCAUUGAGGGAGGCCUGUCGGUCGGUUAUUUUGUCCACGGUAAACCGGUAUUCACAAUGGCAUCACACAGCUGGCGGAAUAUCUCCUGAGUAUGGUCUGGCCAUGCUUUGGAAUUACUUUGAACACAUCCUCCAUCAAUUCAAAAUUGUAAUCAACAUCAAGGAAAUAUGUUUCGAACUGUGCAGUGUCAGUAACGUUUAUGCUCUCAUCAAGAGUGACUGAGUAAGCAUGAAUAUGUUUACUCUUCUCACACAAUUGAUCUUAAAUGUUACCUGACAGGUCAGAAAUGCAUUCUGCCACUUUUUUCUGAAAGGCUGAUGUUGAUAAUCUGACCUUUUAUUUUUUCGGACAAACAAUACUUGUAACAUUCAAUCUUUUAUGAACUCUCCUUCUUUGAAUGACUUUCAAUCGACUCACUCAGCACGUAACUAGCUUUAACUGCUGCAUCACUUUCUUUUUUUGCUUUCUUGAAAAAAUCUUGCUACCUCAGUGGACUUGUUUUAGAUUUAGUAACCCCAGUCUCUCUCAUCCCCCUGGUAUUAAGCCCACUCCUCAGCAUGUCUAGUUAAAUGAUGUUGUGCAUCUUGUUCACCGCAACUUUCUCGAUGCAUGUAAGGCACGAUGGAAUGUCCCAGUCUUUAACAAACCGUUGUCCGUCUCCAACUUCUCCUAAAAUUGUCUGUGUUCAUUGCCGAACUUUGUCUCUACAGCAAGUUUUGAGAAACACAAGCCUGUGGUCGGUUGUCACAAAAAUGCAUGUGCACAGUGUGAUAAAGUAUAUGUCCCUCCACUUGGUAACACUCCCGAAUCAUGUAUAACAAAACUUUGCUAUUUGAGUGUCUAAGAAACCAAUAUAAUAAUAUGAGGCUGCAGUAGUCAAAGAGUUUUUUCCCAAAACUUGAAAUACUUUCUGAAGCAUGAAAUAUAUACUGCUCGAUACAUUAAAAUACAAUUUUAUAUGUUGGCCUUCAUGAUUAUUUCAGUCUUAUCUCACCAAAGCUAGUUUUGCGCUAGCGUUGAAAAAAGACGGUUGAUAACAAUGACCUUUUGUCUGAUAUUGAAUCAACAAACAUUUUUAUACACUUUUUAAAAACAUCAACUAAAUCUACAUUAAUUUUGUGUAAAACAAUAACAAAUCACGACACACACUUUUGUUGGCCUUAUUUUUGGAACUAACUAAAAUGAAAUUAAAAUGCGAAUAGUGUGCACCGCUUCACCCCUAAUCUCCGCAAGUAGACUCAGUCGGCAUUACGCCACGCCCAAAUUCUACAUUUAGACCCGGCCAUCACUUUGCGUAUCAUUGUUAGCGAAGUCAUAUCCUUUGUAAGAAAGUAAAAUUCCCAGUUGUCUAAAAUCAGCUAAUAAAUGCUAUUCAAAUAAUGAGCUUUGAGAAACCUUGACGAGCAAGCAUAUAAUAAAAAAAAAUACGGUUAUUCCCACUAGCGACUUUAACACUUUAAAAAACGUGUUGAAACAGAAGGGCAUUAGUUAUGAAUUAUUGUUGCGAGAGAAUAGCUAUUGUGUUAGAUUGCUACGAUUUACAUAAUUAUGGUUGUGCAUUACCCACUUUUUAAUAUGUUGAUUUAUAUAUAUAAAUAUAUGCACAUAUAUAUAUUAUAACAUUCGAAGAGUGUUUUCUCAAAACCACCCUUUGGUCAUGUUUUUCUCAUAAAAUGCUAUAAAAUAAAAACGUUCUGAUUUUAAAUUAAAACGAAAUUUUACCACUAUAAUGAACGUCCAAACAUUUACAAUCAUAAUAAAAAAUAAGAAUUAGACUAGUCGGUAAGAUUCGAACUUAAACCUUCUUGGAGUGUCACGUUAUAGAUAUGAGAAUUGGGAAAACAGCGGGCCGCAUUAACACUAACCUUUGCUGUCAGUUAUCCGGCCUCAAAAUAUUGUUUUGCGGGCCUCCAAUGGCCCGCAGGCUGCAAGUUUAAGACCCCUGACUCAAACAGUCAGUUUAGAUGUUAUGUAAGUUUUCAAAUAGUUUUAUUUAUUUUGUAAAGAUACUAAAUUAUAAAUUAGCAUAGAAAUGAUGACCAGAAAAACGGUUGUCAGAUAUGUAGGCCUAUGCAAUUGUUGGUUGCAACAUUUUUUUUAUUAAUUGCGUCUCGAUAGUUAUCCUACUUAUUUUGACUGAAUCAUUCGUACAUAUAAUCUCACUGCGUAAAGAAUAUAUACGUUUAUAUGAUUUAUAUCAACCAUUUAUUUAUUUUACAUCGUUAUAAUAAAAUAUCAACUUGUUUUAUGGUGUAUUGAAUUAAUAUAUUAUUUGUUUGAAAAGUCAAAAGUAUAUUAAGUAUAUGUAAACAAUAUACGUAUUUAUCGGCGUAUAAUACUAAUACGCACCUCAUUUUAAGAAUGCUGUGAUUAAAAUUUCUCGCUGACAGACUCGAAAUCGUUCCUGUAGCAGUCUUUCCUGAUACUAGUAUAGCGUUAUUGUUUUGUUGGAGUUCAAUCAUGUGUUUUCCCAUUUCGGCAGUGAAUCUAUAUCUAUAUAUAUAUAUAUUAUGUAUAUAUAUAUAUAUACAUAUAUAUAUAUACAUAAUAUAUAUAUAUAUAUUUCUUUAUUUUCUUUCUUUCUUUAAUUGUUUUAACAUAGGGAUACUAGAAAUAGAAAUUCAUUUUAUUUUGAAAAGCAUUAAUACAUAAGAUAAUUUGCAAGCUACCUUAUGAUUGAUUACCUUCCUGGUAUACCAAUCGUUUGUCUUCCAUAAUUAACACAUGAGAACAAAACUCUUUUGCAAGGCUCCCCUGUAUAAAAGUAGAAAGAAAAUAAAUUAAAUUUCAGAACCGCAUCGUCAAUCCCAAUGCGCACUCAUGUGCAGGUAAAUUUAAUAAAUAUGUAUAUAUUAUAUAAUAGACUAAUUGAUUAAAUCUAUUUUAUAUAGAAUGUGUUUUGUUCUUUCCACUCAGGUAACAUACAAAACCAAGAAAUAAGUGUGUCUGACUACAGCCAAGAAGACAGUGAAACAAAGUGCACCUAUGGUCUAAUCAAUAAUCUUGAUACAUUUAUGUCAAAAUGUCAAGUGGAGUUAUUUAAAAAUACUACAUUUAAAACAUUGGAAUUUCAAGUUCAAAAAAAACAGGAUGCUAAGUUUUUUCCUGUAAGCUAUGAAGUUUUAUAUUUGUAUUGUCUACAAUUUUACCACUUAAAAGAAACACACUUUAUUUUUUAACGUAAAAGAGCAAAAUUGUAUAAAUAAAUGUAAGUGUUGGGCCGCAAAGCUACUUUUAAAGUACUUAAAAUGCAUAACAUUUAAACCUAAAGAUAUCACUUAGAAACCUUCUUUUAUGAGACUUUGACACCUAGCAACGUUUAUCUCAUUAUAUUAAAUAGUAUAAACUAUUAUUCAAGUUAUCGUGUAUAUUUUUUGCGGAAAUAUAAUUCCUUUAGAAUUAAGUUUAAAUCAAGGCUAUUUUCAAAUAACUACUUCUUUUAUCAUUAGGUAUUGCUUUGUAAUAAAUUUUGUUGAACGUAUGCCUUUAGAAAUAGAAAAUUACCUUGAACAUUUCUUUAACUGAAUUUUUACCAUCUUACGUUUCUGUUUUCGUAAGAUACGUUUGGUAUUAUUUUAGAUUUUUUUCCAGCAUAAAUUUAAUUCGUUAGGCUUGUAAGUGAGAUUUGUGUAUUUGAGAGAUACUUAAAAAUACAUUUCUAAAUGAUUUUUAAAUUGGCUAUCAAUCUAAAAUGCUGUAAAAUAUUAUAAUGUAAAUUAGACACAUUGGUGAUUUAAAUUGUUCAUUUUCAAUUGAUUUUAUCUUUACAAAGAGUCUCAAAUAAAACAAAAUGGAAUCUUUGAAUAUAAAAUACAACUUGAAAUUUAUUUAACACAAAUUAAAAAAAUAAUAAUAAUAAAAACAUGAAUCCAAUUUAUUUUUCAAAGUUAUUUUUUCAAAAUAAACACAUCAUUUCUUUAAUUAAUUGUGCAUUUUUCUGCAGCUAUCACAUUUUGAUAUACAAGAACAAUCGUCUGACAGUCAUCUAUUCAACUGUAACUCCAGAAGAGAUAACGUUACCUUAUGUACUCUUAAACAGAAGGCAUCAAAAGACUACGAUCGAGCAAGAUUCCGCGUAGCUUUAAGAUAUGGAGUUUCGAGGCAAAUAUUAAGCGACGUACACAUGUAUCCGACAAUAACAGGUAAUUUGAAUUUAAUCAUUUUUAAUUUAAAAAAUUGAUAAACAAAUCACAUAAUUCAAAUUAUAUUCAAUCUAAAAAUCAACAUUUUAUAAGUAGUUUAUUAUACAUUUUGUCUAGGGCAGCCUUACCGAACAUUUUCUCUGUGAUCAUGUAUUUUUAUAAGUAUGCUUUCCAACAUACAUUUGUUUUCAUCCUUUAUACUGGAUUAUAUGUAAAACAGAACUGGUUUAAAGGUCCUUACAAAUCCAUCUAUAUAUAUAAAUCAACAGAAGUAGGGCAAACAAGAUCACACGCGAAAAAGUCGCAGGCAAACCCUGCACUCCCUCGCCUUGUCUGCUCAUCGUUGGUCUCGUGACAUGCGCUACCGCCCCCUCCAGGACCACCCUUGCUUGGAAGCCAAGCUCGCGGCGUAUGCUAAGCCGCGGGGCGGCGUGAAAUAUAAAGUGUGCCGUGACGUAUCAUGAAAAAGGUGGAGGGGGGUAAGGGGUGUAGCAAAAUUGGCAUUCUUAAAAGUGCGUAACUUGACUUCACGUUUUUUUCAAGUAACUUAGAUGGGUAGUUCACGCAUUGCUGUCGCCAAUGUUUGGCGGUCUAUAUUUAGUAUAUUAUAAAAAAGAAACAUUUACUUUUGCAAAAGUUGUAUAGACAAAAAAGACGCAUCAUAAUCAAUGUAUUCAAAAAAAUUGUCAAGUUUCAUGCUAAAUAUAAUUUUUGGUUAUAAUGAAAAGUUGAUAACGUUAUACUGAGAUAUUGUUCUCUUUUCAAAAGGAUUCAAUAUUUACUUUUGAAAAGCCAACUUCACACAGUUUGUGACAAGGGUCAUUAAAAUUGUUCGAUUUGCAUCUCUUCCACGUAAACUGGGUGUUAUGCAUUGGCUUCUCUUGUGAGAAAUUAAUCUCCUAUUUUAAAUUGAUGGCUCGUUCAAACAGUGCCAAAGAAAGGAUAAUACCAUUGACAAAUAAAAUAACAAAAAUACGACCCUAAAACUGUAACAAUUUAAAUUAAUAAGAUUUUUUUUGAUUUUGCUGGCAAAAUGUGACGAAGGAAUGGGCAUCGGAUGACGAAAUCCACAUGGCCUGGGAUUAUCAUAUGAUGAUGCAGCUUGGCACCAGUGACGUAAUAGGAGUUGUCGGAAUGUUUCAUUGUAUCAAUUUUAUCCGCCUUUCCAUCUCCGGGUUUGAUUUCAGAGUUUCCCUUCUCUUAUGAAUCCAGGCCAUCCACGAGCCACAUCCACCCUGGUGAUGUUUUUGCUUGACUGGGUUCUGGCUGGAAUUGAACUCCAGGCCACCAACUUAAUAUUUGCUCAGUUUAGACCACUCAGCCACCCAGAUUUAAUUUAGCAAUUAUACAAUGACAAAAGAAAUAUAAUUUCAAAUAAUUAACUUACAGUAUGGUAGAUCUUGUACCGGUACACAGUUAACACAGUUAGUACAAUGUGCCAAUGAAUAAUGAUGAAUGAUCAAUGCGAAUCAACUCGUAUAAGUAUAAAACAAAUAAUAAAGGUCACGUGAAGUUAAAAAAAAUAUAUAUAUCAAACUCUUCUUCGUCUGUGCCUGUCGAUCAUUAUUAUAUGUGGGUCUACUGACGCGUCUAGAAACGCCCUUACUUUUCUAAUACAAUCAAGAACGUUCCAUAAGAUACUAGUAGACGAACUAACAAUGUUUAAUUGGAUGUCGGUAAUAAACAAGAUACAUCAAAGGGAUUUAACCACGCCCACAACAAACGUUACUGUCUGCUAGGAGUCUAAUGCGGGAAAAAGAAUUUUCACGCACGGCGAAAAGUGUACCACAUAACACUGGGUAACCUUAUUUUCAUUGCACCAAAAAUCCAUAAAGUACGUUCUGUAAAAGAUAGUUUGAAGUGCCUCAAAAAAGUUCCAAAGGAAUACUUGCCAUUUCUAAAGUUUCAACGCUUCGCCGUCCAAAGAAUUUCUCCCUACCAAUAUUUAUUAAUCUAAUUGUAAUUGAAAAUACUUCCAGAUAUAUUUGUCAGAGAUUUAUGUAGGAACAUAAUUUUUAGUUGUGUUGUCAAAAUCUUUUCUCACAAAAUAUAUUUCAUUUGGAUUUUCUGAAAUGCUAAAUCUUUCAUCAAACUUCAAGAUAGGAAACGUCAUUAUAUUGUGAAUUAAGAUAAUUUUUGAAACUAUUUGCCAUUUUUACACGUUUAAGAUUAUUUGUGUCAUUUUGUAGCUAUAUAAAUAUAUUAAAAAAACAAUGUAGUCUAUGAUUGUAAAUUGUCUAUGAGUUAGAUUUCCUACUCAGCAACCACAGAAAAAAAUACAUAUUUUCUCUACAAAGCUAACGUGUAAUCAAGACAAAUGUGUCCUUUUGCAAAAAUGUGUAUGUAGACACAAAACACACAUGUAAUGUCUCGUUCAUCCCGGCGUAAAAUGGUAAAAUUUGACAAGUUUAAAUGAUUGAAAAGCUGCGAGUCCAGAACUUUGCUAACCAGGUUAUAUAAAUAAAAAAUAUCCAGACCUGCUUGUUUAUUAAUGUUUAAAAAUUAUGUUACCACCAUUUCUUUCCCCAAUAUAACAAACUCUUCUAUGUAACAGAAGGACAUUAAAAACACAAACACCAUUUUUUCCCUCAUAAGGAGUAUCACAUGUUACAAAUAUAAUUUUUGCCUACCGGAGCUGUCUCGAAAUAACAAAAGUGUCAAAUAGGUUCACAAUAUAAUGGUAAAAAUAUCAUAAGGUUUUAUUUCAUUCGUUCUUUUCCUUCAUAGUACCAAGAACCAUCCUAUCACUUUCAGUAAUAAUUUUUGCCAGCUUCUCUUCAUCAUUGUCCACACUACACCAUUUAAACUCAUCUCAAACAAUGUCUACCCUGGUUUAGUUUCUCGUUCUCUAAUCCCCUUGAAUUUUACAAAAGACUUUUUGUGUAAUUUCCACUGCUACCUUUAGAGAAAGUCCAUCAAUUUUAAAUUCAGUGGAGUUUUUUACUUCUUCAAAAUCUAUCAACGAUAUGUGUACGUCAUGCUUAAUAUAAGAGUAAGUUUUUUAAUGUCCGGGGAAAUAUAUAUUCAUUAUCAUGCGUCUAAAGUCAGGGCAAGUAGGUUUCGAUUUCUUAUCAACAUAUUAAAUAUUAGGGGAACUACAUCCCUGUAUAUUUUUAACCCUGCCCACUUGACUAGAUAUUUUUAUAAUGUAACCCUUCUAACUGAUUGAGGUAGGCUAUUUGUACGCAUGAAAUGUUAGAAUUAAAUCAUCCGUAUGAUCGUGUUUUGCUGUUUCUUUUCGACCAUAUCAUCUUCACACUUAUUUUCAACCUAACUUAAUUUCUUUUCUUCUUUUAAGACCCAUUCUUCGCAACGUUUUAUCUGGCUUAAGAUCUCUUAACGUACGAUUAAUUUCGGUAAUAUGCGGUCAAAAUGUCAAUAACUUUUAUAAUUAAAAUUGGUGGCUGUCAGAUAAUUACUUUACAAAACGAAAGAGACAAAAUUGGUAUGUUGCCACACAAAUUAGCACACAGAUUAAGCCACAAUUUUUAAUAAAUAUCUACAUUAAUUUAACAAUAAUCCACAAUGGGACAUAAUUAAUUAUACGAUUAUUAAAGAUAAUGUCACACACAUUUUAUUACAGAAAUAAAUGUGUUAUUGAAAAUGAAUGAGCAUAAUUGAAAACAAUAAAGCUCUUCGAAGCCUAAGGUAAUAUUCUUUAUGGAACUUCAGUCUGGUAAAUCACCGUUUACUUUGGUGAUGCACUGUUCUUCACUUUAAAGUUAAUUUUAGCAAACAUUCAUUUUAAAAUGCUUUUGAAGUUACAUUUUAAUCUUCGAGAGGUCAUCCCUUUAUAUGAGUUAUGUGAGUUCUUUUGUUUAGACCAAUCUGUGACAGGCUUUGGAUGGGCUAUUGAUACUUUUUUUAGAGCUCCAAGACUUACUUUAUUGAUUGUCGAACGUCUAAAUAUAUUUGUAUAUUUUUGGACAGCUAUUCGGAUGCUUUGGGUGAUUCUUGGUUUGCCUUGAAAACGUUUAUGUUGAACCGACGAGUUUUGGUUGGCUUUGCACAGUUACCUGCUGUGACUGUAGUUUGUCUAUCAUUUGGGUUCCCUACUCCACAGUAACAGAAAAAACACAACUCUUGCCUCUUGAUGUAGUGAAGUUAAUUGACCUAUUUUAAUGUAAUGGCGGGAUCACAAAGAUAUAAUAGUAGAUUAUUGUAAAGCUUUAUCUACCGGGAUUAAGUUGCUGAACCAGUUUAAAAAAAUACACAAAUGUAAAUAACGCAAUGAAGAUUAAAUAUGUAUCAUGUAUUGUAAUACUAUUUAUUGCCCGAAUAGGACAUACAUAAAAGAAGUCUUCUUUGCACGAAAUACAACAUUUAGGAAACGCACACAAAUCAUUGCCUUGUUUACAUCAUCACUUUAUAACCUUGACCACACAUCAUACACAUUAUUAAGUCUAGAGAGGCGCCUAAAUCUAACAAAUGUGUCAAAUAGAUGACUAAAAUAAUAAAAACAAAAUGUGCAUGCAAUUUGUUCAUGACAGACUAAUACUCAAGUACUUUAAGAAAUUUUAACAAACAUUAAAAGUAACAUUAAUUUAUAAAAGUGUCAGAUAAUUUCAAAUGUAAUAUAUAAUGAAGAAUAAGCAGUAUUAAUGAAUGUUAAUAAUGUGGAUACAUUUUGUUAUUAGAAAGGCUGUGUUGCAUAGAAUAACUACGAAUUCGAACUUGGUAACAUAGCUGUUAACAAUUAGAUAUUGUUAGUUGAAAUGUGGGCAAAAUAUAUGUACAAAAACACUAACACUGGGAGAUAAUUUAGAUCUUUCAUGAGCUCUGCAAAAAUGGUAUUGAACCUGAUAUUCUCCUAAUGAAAUUUGAAAAAUUGUGCUUACACAAAUUGUUUUAGUUUUUACUGGAUAGCCCAAAAUUGAUAAAGAAGCACUAUGAUUAUAAUUUUAAACACUAAUAAGGCUUUUAAAUUAGCACGGGGCAAAAAACAUUGUUUAUGAACAUCUUAAGAUAGCCAGAGCUCACCGUAUCGGUUAAUAAAGUUUGAAAACUUUUUUUUUUAAAGUAGGGGAAAGAUAAAUAAGAUCUGCUUAGAAUUACAAUUAAGUUUCGUUUUGAUUUUUAUUUACGUUACAAAAAUAUUCAUUAAAUUUUAAAGAAACCUGAAUUGCUACCCACAAUGAUUAUAUUUUAUUUUAUUUUACAGAUUUGAAUGAUACCAAGUUACAGUUUUUAGUCAAUGGAGAGGAAAUAACACCGCAAAAAAAUAAAGAUGGCUGUGUGAUGAAUACAUUCAAAGAUGACAUAAUUUUUAUUGACUAUUUUUGCAAAAGUAAAGCAAGACCAUGUUUAAUAGAGGUAAAUUUAAAUGAGAAAAAUAUCAGUUUUUACAAAGAUUCUGCUCAUAUUUCUCUCCAAGGACUAUUUGACGCAAGGAAUCAAAUAAAUGUGACGGCAAGAUUUGCAGCAUGCAGAUUAGAAGGCACACAAAAUUCUGUCACCUGUACAUUUCGUUUAGGUAAGAUUGAUCAUGGUUAUUUUUUAAAAUUAAUUGUACCCGAAGAGGUUCACCCUUGAAAUAUAUUAUCGGGAAAUCGUUAUAACGAAUUUUUUUUGUUUAAAAAGAAACUCUUAUCCAAUUUGCAUGUCCAAAGCAUUGUGUUUAUUAAUAAACUAUUCUUUAUCACAUAACAGUUUUAUAAGCCCCUCAAAUGUAGUUUUCGCAAGAUAUACGAACAACUAUUUCCUUAUUUUGAAAGAAAAUCGUAACCCUAGAUGUUCACGCCACUGACAUAAUGUAUGUUUAGGUAUUCGUUCUUAAAAAUAUGUUUCUAAAGAUUAAAGAUUUCUAAGUCUUUAAAAUAAUUGGGCAUUUGGCUAAUGGUAUCAAAAUAACUUUUUAACAUAAAUAUAUUGUUAUCCUACUACACAUGUGCCUACCCCUUUUCCUCAACCUUCAAAAGUAUAUGUUGUGGAAAUGGAAAAGAUGCGAUGUCCUUACUUUAAAAAAAAUCGUAUCCAAUACCUUCCCCAUUCUACAUUCACCGAGGUUUGAAGUAUGGGUAUACUUAUGAAAAUGUGUCAGACUGACACUGAAGUCUUUCAAAUCAGAAUUGGAAACCCAUCUCUUUCGCACACACCUGUUGGAGGGAAGUUGUAUACAACAUAUCUCCAGCUAGCUAUUAUUUACCAGAUGUAUAUUGCCGUGUGGUGUAUAUGGUUGUAAGGGAUCAAAGAAUUAGACUGGGUAUACUUGUAUGCAUAUUUUGUAUUGUUGUCUUUGUAUUUCAAUGUGGUAAAAUUAAGAUUGUUUUCAUUUUACUUUCUUAUAUGGAUGACUUUGUACUACGCCUCGAGCCUUUUGGGAUGAAGUGACGUUUUCAAAUAAACUUUAUUAUUAUUAUUAUUAUUAUGAGCUAACACUCUCGAACGUCCUUUUCUACAUAACUGAAACACAUAUUUAUUUAUUUUAAAAUAAAAUCUAAAACGCUUUUUCUGAAUUGUAGAGCAUCGAAUUUUAAUAUAUUGUAAUUCACAGAAAAUUUAGCACAAUCUCUUUCCUCCCUCUGAAAAUGUACAUUAGAAAAUGAAUUGAGCGAGCGAUUGAGCUAGUGCUGAAUUCUUUAUACCCUCUACAAACUCCCUCGCCCCCCCCCACCCCCUUUUUUAAACCAACUUAAAUAUUUUUACAAUAGAAAUUUGAAUAAAUUAUUUUAUUCGUUUUAAAACUAUCUUUAAACCCAUUCCCUUUGGGUAACUUACUUGAUCUUUAAUAUAUAGCUUUAAUUAUCAAAUGUACCCACCAAUUAUGUGGCAUUUCUUCAGCUGCAUGGGGCAAAUUGCAGACCCACACCCGAAUAUGUUAUUAGCGUUUAUUAAGUAACUACCCUAUUUAUGACAUAAGGCUCAUUGUGCUUAGAUUUUCACUACAUAUUUAAAGGUCCUAAUCAUUUUUUACUAAGCAAUGUAAUUACAUUUUUAUUUUUAAUAAACUCAUCAUUGCUUAUUUCCGCAUAUACUUUUUUUCUAAAACAAUGUCUAGAUAAAACAAAUGUUUUGCCUGCUUAAAAAUCGUUUUCUGAUGCAAUAAUUUUUUUUGUUCCUUUCUAUUAGAUCAAAAAACCGUCACCGAAGUCGUCAUACAAAACUAUAUUUUAUACGGACUUUUGGUAAUGUUGAUAUUAAUCAACAUUGGGCUGCUAUUUAUCACUUUGUACAGAAGGUGAGUUCAUUUACUGUAAAACGUAAUAUGUAUCAGUCUUUCAUGCCUUCAUAAGUUAUUUUAACAUCUGAAUAUAUGCAGUACAAGCCAUAUAUGCAUCCUCACUCAGGUUUGUAUUAGGGAUUGAAACUUUUCAAACAUUAUCAUUAUUAUUUAAACAUUAUUUAAAUAAUAUACCCUAAUGUUAAAAUUCAAAUUUAAAUUGCCUUUUAUGAAAAAAGAUAGUGAAAUAUAUCGUGUAAACAUUAAAUUUGGGAAUUAUCACGUUUCAAUACAUAUUUAAACUUGGAAAUAUAUAACCAUUUAAUAUAUAAAGCCUAUAAAUAUAUAAUUUUAACUUUUAAUUGAUGUCUUAAAAGUGUAAUAACCUAUUUUAAAGUUAUGGCCAUUUAUCAACUAAUAUUUUUUCAAGGAUCCCGGGCGCCAGAGUUGAAAAAAAUUAAUCCUAAAUAUUUUCUAGCAGGAACCGAUUUAGGAGAGAUGAUAAACAAAAGUUAUUUACAAUGUUUUCAAAUUUCAAAAGUUCCAAAAUGUCAAAGAUAAAGCGUACCACUUUAAGCACAUUUAUGCCUCUUUCAAAAAUGUGUGGCUAUCAUUAUUUUAAAAUUAAUAGACUUUUUGAAUAGGAUUUUGAUAGCAAUGUUUUCCAUAUAAUUUGAUUAAUAUGUUUAGAUAUUGUGACGUGACGUAAUUUGUCUAGGGGGUCGGCCCCUGCGUACUAGCCACAGAACAAUUUUCAAGGGUCUAGAACCCCUGUUGUCUAGCCCCUACAGAGCUGAUGUUCUGAAUAGUCCAAGUAUUUAUUAAAAAAACGAUGCAAAGCUUCAGGGUUCAUAGGAUUGAUUUGCCUCCAUCUUCCUGACAGUGGAAAAAUGCAUAGUAAACAUCCGCUGGUUUUCAGAAUACAAAAUUUGUGUCCAGAAAAAUGCUGCACAUAAUAUAAAAAAUAUAUUUACAGAAGUCCUCUGGCAUCCAUGGUACCAAUUUUAUUUUACAUCUAUCCAUUAAUUGUAAUGAUAUUUUUGUAGCUCCUAUAACGAGAAACGGUCCCCAAACCUGUAAGGGACGUUAAAAAAACAAAAUGAAAUGACGUCGGCAUUAUGUCCUGGAUAAUUUGUGAAAUAACUAACUGUUUAUCCCAAGUUUGAUGAAGUUCCAUUAAUCCAUAUAGUGACGUAUGGGAUACAAAAUUUUCUUAAGAUUAUGGUAAAUAAAAAAUAUACCAGAAAAAUAAAGGUAUAAGUAACUUAAAUAUAACAUACAACUAAUUAAAAAUAACAAUGUAUAUAUUAAUAAAUACCGCAAUAGCGUUUUAUGAUGAGUAUUGUUUUUUACUUCUACCGUUUCUUGAACCUUUUUAACUGAAACUUUACCUGAUUUCAGUGACGUUGUUUCCCUACAUGCAAAUUGUUGGAAGAGCCAUACACUUGCAAUCCUCCCUUCCACAACAGAAUUAUAAUAGAAAUUUAAAAUUUAAAAAAAAAAAUUAAAAAAAAAAAAAAGGAUAGGAAAAUACUUUGGUACGUCAAAACACCAUUAUGAAAGCACCUCAACUGUUCUAACUCUAAUCAAAUGUUAAAUCCCCCAUAUAUCAUGACAUAUACUAUAGUUCCCUAAUAUGUAUUUCGGUCAAUUUAAAGAAAAUGAUUGCAAUAUAAAGGUAUUUUUAAUGGAAAAAAGUAUUUGAAACAAAUUGUGAAAGUCCAUUGAUAUGAAACAAUUAUUUAAAACUUAUUUAAUAUGUGUGCAUCAAGCAAAAUCGCACAACAAAUCGUCCAUUAAUACAUGUUUAAAAGCGAAUUGCUCAUAAUAAAGGCUUUAAGUUGUUCGUCAGUCUGGAGUCGACCAUGACCACUUUAAUCAUUAGAGUUUAUGCUGGUUCUGUCUUUGGGUGCGCAGAGGGCUAAUGAGGCCGAUUCUGGCACGAAAUUCGCUUGUGCAGUAGGUGAAGAGGACUGAUGGCACUCUCCGGGACUGGGCCUUCCUUUCAUGUCUCUUGCGCUCUGCAGCCGCUGUUCUAUCAACUUCAUGUUGCAUGGAGCUCUCAUGCAAAGUGGAACGCCAUGAAGUUCGAUCCUAUGUUUGUUCCCUCGACGAGUAUUCUAGCAUAACAUUGGUAGACCGUCCACAUUUCACAGACAAAUAGAAGCGUAGGGAGAACAGCCGCCUGAUAUACCAUCAGAUUAGUUUGAGUGUUGAUACAUCUCCUGGUCAAUAAGUUCUUAGUCAAUAUUCCAUUGGUUGCACUGGCUCUCGCAAUAUGUAGGUUAUCCUCGUCAUCGAUGAUUGUGCUUUGGGACAGUGUGCUGCCGAGAUAAGAAAAGCCUUUCACAACCUUAAGUCUUUCGUCAAUUACUUGGCUGUUGGGCUCAACAUAAGAACUUCCAGGAGCUGGUUGGUAUAUGACCUCAGUUAGUUUUUUGUGUUAAUGGUGAGCCCGAAGUUUGUGCAGGAAUUACAGUUUCGCUUCUGAUACAGCGUUCAGGGCACAGUCGUCUGCAUACAGGAGGUCACUGAUGGUGUCUGUCAGGGACUUUAUUUUGGCAUUUAGCCUCUUGGGGUUAAAGAGAUUAACAUCAGUUAGAUAUCUGAGGCGAAUGGUUUUGACUUAUUAAACUUGCGUACACCAAACAUAUUUUAACUUAAGCAUACUUUGAAACAAAUUUGAAAAUCUUUCUUUUAAGCUUUACUCUUACCAUUUUACGAUUUUUUUUUUAAUUUCAUGUUUGGGGAUAAGGGGAUUUUGACCAAACUUUCCAGGAACCAUCUAUAGGUCAGAAAGGUAGAUCAUGAUAUACGACUCACACUUAGCAGUCUGGAGUUAUAGCGUUCUUAUUUUAAUUGUUAUAUAUGUAAUUUAAAAUAAUUAAAUACAUUUUUGAUGGAUUAUUUAUUUACUCCAUUUUUUUUUAAAAUUUAGCCUUUGCCAAAGAGUACAUUUUCCUAAGCUACCAAACUUGUGUGGGUGUUCUGGAUAUCUCGCUUUGUAUCUGGUGACAGCCGGGAAUAUCGUGGAACAUUAAAAUGUCGAAAGGCCACAUUUAAAAUACAAGCAAAGUUUUAAGUUUCAAAUGAUUAACUCGGUUUAGAAAUGUAUCUGGGUGGAUUCUUCCAACCCCACCCCCCAACCCCCUCCAAAAAACCUAUUACUUUACACUAUUUACGUAAAAUAAUGUUCAGUUUAUUUAAAAUUAGCUUUAGCAACAUCUUUAAUGAAUGUGAAAAUAAGUUAAAAAUUCAUUAACUCGCCGUUAUUAGAGAUCUUUUUUGCACUUAUAUAUAUAUACAUAAUUAUUUGGAAAUAAAUAAAGUGUAUAACGUGGAAGCAAGUGUGCAUAACUGACCCAAAUAAAAUGCAAAUUAUGCAUUUUUUAACACAUAUAGUCUUAAAUACAAUUCGAAGCUUAAAUAUUUAUUGAUAUAGCAUCCUUGUCUACGAAGGAGAAGUCGAUCGAUUCUUAUAUGUUAAAAUAAUUUUAUAUCUUGAAAAGAUAUUGAAAGAACAUUGAUAUUAAAUUUGCUUACUUAUAUUUGUAACACUUUAAUUGCAUUAUUCGUAUCUCGUUUGGGAUAGAUCAAUAAAAGAACCUAGGAGUAUAACAUAUGAUUUUAGAUCCAUAGUUAUUCCUGUUGUUGAUAACUUAACAUAACAUCUUCUGCAUCUAUAGGGGCCAAAAUGAUCUAUAAAUUGAUCGUGGGCUCUUAAUACAAUAUAGAAGAAGAAGAAGAAGAAGAAGAAGGGGAGGACACAAAAAUAUUAUAAGUUAUUGCAAAUCUAAAUUGGUUGUUGUGCGUCUACCAUGCAAAUGUUUUGCACGCACUCAAAUGUGCCAUGAAUUGGGACCAUAAACACCAAGCACGAGUAAAAACUCAACAGCUUCAACCAGAUACACAUUCGAUGGCAAUGAUCAUAUUAUAUAGGGUAAAAAUGUUCAUAAUGUUCUUCAGUGUAUUUAAAAAGGUCCUUAGUGGUUUAGGCGAUGUAAAUAAAUUACAAAGUUUGAAUCUCUAAUGGCCUUCUGUACCUGGCAUUGACAUAGGGUAAACCAUGCUUUAAAAACGUAUGUAAAAGAAACAAUGGGACCGCAAAAAAAUGAAAUAAGGUUAGGAGAGUAUCGCUAAAAAAUGUUCGUUCGGGCAAACAUGCAUAAAUAUGGGAAUAAUUCUGGCAGAUGAUUCCUGAGAGGAAGUCAGUAGUGCCAAAACAAUGCAAUGCCGAAUACUAACAAACCAGGGGCGAUACAGUUAUCGGCAUUGUCAAAAACUCUAGGAUGAGAAAAUAAUAUAGUUUUCAAAGCCAUCACCUUACUAAAAGGAGGUUAAAAAUGAAAUAAAUCAAAUAACGUGGCCCUCAUUUUUUAGAUGAUUUUUUUUUAAAAUAUGACCCCGCAAAUCUGGAAAACAUUUCAAUAACUUUUACAGAAUUUUGAAUAAGAACAGUUUUGAUAAUUCAAACGUAAUUGAUUUUGCAAAAUAUUUUUUAUUUCUGUUUUCUUUUUUUCAAAAAUUAAUUUAUUUGUCGUAUUGAAACGUUUUUAUUUUAUUUUUCAGAAAGAAAAUGUGUGUGAAAACAAAAAACCUCAACCAGGUAACGAUAAUAAAAUGUAUUUAUUUAAGCUUGUCAAAAAACUGUUAACACAAUGUUAGUUAAUAUAUGUAAUGCAUCCUUUCUAUAGCUAAGUUUAUAAUUAAUACCUUAACGCGACAAGGUGCAACCACGCCGGAACGAGACCAGUCACGACUGAGAGUCAGGACAUGGUUAAAAGACCUCUUCCGCAAAGAGUGUCUCAAAGGCUCGGUGUUCGUUGAUAUAUUUCGAAAGCUUCACCAAAAAUCCCAGAGACCGAAAAAAGGAUUACUUUUGGAGACUGGCACGAAACGGAUAGAACCUCCUUAUGCAAAUGAGGAGCAAUCACUGCCCAACAUAACUAAACGUACUCUAAUCAGGUAAUGUCUCUAAUUGCCGACUCCAUGGCCAAAAGCUGAGUGCCACUUACAGUUUUGUGGUCUGAUGGAUAAAAAAACCCAAAUUCUGCAUUAAAUCAAAGGCUCAGCGCAAUUGAAAGGGCUUGACUGUGACAAACUAUCCAGGGUUGUGAGAGUUUGCAUUCGACGGUAAAGAGGAUAAUUUUAUGGCAAGCUCAACAUACGCUACUUGAUACGAACGCCUUAUGUAUCAUAAUGUUAAUUUAUACAUCGGAAUAUGUCACAACUGAAAAAGGAUAUUGCGUUUUAUUUAUAUAGCAUUUUAUAAAGUAAAAGUAAUGUAUCAGCAAAUAUUCUUUCAAAUUUUAAUGGGUAUAAGAAUGUUUUCUCUACAAUUGAAAAUCAAUCACCAUGUAACUGAGCAAUGCAUCAUCACUGGAAAAUAUGAAAGGUGAAAUUUAAAAUAUCCGUGUUCCUUUUACCUUAAAUAGUGUAUAUUUACUUUAUCACCAACUAGCCAAUAUACCAGCGUGGCCCUAGAGUACAUUCGGAAUAUUCUUAGAAAAAAUCAAUCGAUAACAAAAAUAUUAACUUUUUAAAUGUUCUCCUUAAUAAGCACAUUUAUCAAAUAAAAUCCCAAAGGGAUUCCAUUUCCUUCAUCGGAUCCUGAUUCCUAGUGAUAUCCAUUCUCUUUUGGGAUCGCAUUCCCCAGUAUGUGCUGCAGAUCUUAAAAUCGAUGGGAUCCCGUUUCCAAAUAGUUUUGGCACACUUCGCAACGUAGAUAUUGAUAAUUAAGAUUACGUGUACUAAGUUUGCUCAAGAUCCAACCAAUCAUGUAUUUUCAUUUUUCACCCUUCUUUGAUCAUAUUCCCGCUGCGAUUGUGACCCUAUUCGGAUCCCGAUCUCGAUGGAAUUCUAUUUCGAAAUGGGAUUUCAUACCCUGAUGGGUUCCCGUUCCCAGGGGGGUCUGGAUCCCUAUUGAGAAACUGUUUCCCAAAGGGAUCCCUUUUUAAGGAGGGUUCCUGUUUCCCGAUGGGAAACCGUAACGUUUUAGAUUCAGUUCUCCAUGGGAACACUUUUCCCAUUAGGAUUCAAUUCCACUAUGAGAUCCUCCUUCCCUAAUUUAAACCCGUUCCCUUUUUUUAAUUCGGUUACACGCGGGAUCCCUUUCCUUGUGAGUUCCCAAUCUCUGUUUGGAUACUGCUACCAGGUGGGAUCACAUUUUCAUGUUUUGGAUCCCGUUCCCCGUUAAAAUUAUGUUUAACUGUGGUAUCACGUUCCGGGUGGGUUUCUGUUUCCCGGUGGGAUUAUGAAGAUUAUGUUAACCAACUUUGCGUAGAUCCAUCACACGUAGUAAUAAACAACGGAACCUUCAAAUUUAUUUAUAUCUUAGGUCGUAAGAAUAAACAAUUAAUAUGGAACUGUGUAGAAAAUUCCAAGAUCUUUUUAUUUUUAGUUCAUUGAGUAAUUUUUUAAAAUAAAUCACGAUAGUAACACAUGCUAUUCUAUUGUCGAUGUAGCAUGGUUAACUAAUACUUUGAUUGAUUGUCAUGGAUGCCGCUAUCACUUGUGUAACAUAUUUAAUUCUCCCACUCUUCAAAUCAUACUUAACUGUCCUCUCAUACAAUGAGGUGUCAACGUCCAUGAAUAAAUUGUAAACUACUUUAUAAUAUGAAUUACUACAACAAAAUAAGACUUGCUACGAGGAUAUCCUGUAAUAUAUCUAGGAUGCAAUAAUCAGACAGUUAUAUAAUAUUCCACAUCACAAUUGAAUCACAAUAUUUCAAUACUUUAAUAAUCCAUACAAGCGAUAAUAAAAAGAUGUCUGCUCACUGUCAGAUAAAAUGGUACUCUGGCCUACUCUACUAGAGCGUGCGGUCUAACUCCGCUCUAGAAAAUAGUUCCCCCUCUUUUCUCGUGAAAUACGAGGUAGUGCAACUCUAUGCUUAAAUUACUACGCCAUCCUGACAUAAUAGUGUCCUGUGUAAAAUUAUAGCCAACUUGGUCUGUUACAAUAAUAAACAUGAUAAGGGUUUUAUAGAAUUUAAUAAAGAUUAUUUAAAAAAUCAAGCUUUAUUAAACUUAUAAAAAACAUGACUUGGUAAUUUUGCGCAAAUCUCUAGGAAAGUGUUGAAAUUAAUAGUAUUUAACUAACCUUUCAAUAACCUUUCAUAUCCCAUUGAAUAUCCCCGUGGAAUAAUUUAGAACUUUCUGGAACAACCCAGAUUAAAUUUAAUAAUUCUUUCGAAAAGUAAAAAGAGUCUUUUAUUUGUAUUAUUAUUUUUCCAUUAAGAGUAAAUUCUAAAACUAAAGCCAUUUUUCAUUCAAGCUUAUAACUAAACCUAGUAUGUAGAUACAUUAUUGCUUUAAUUAUCUAGGGUUUAAAAGGGAAAUCAAAGAAAUAGAUAAGUAAUUUGCGGAAGACAAAUCGAAAAAGCAUCACAAAUAACUUAAGUUUUAAGUUUUAGCAACAUAUUUGUUUUUGACAAUUCGGAAAAGAGUAACACGUUAAAAAAUGAUGCAAAUCAUAGUUUCUAAUUUUUGGUAAUCAUCUUAAGUAAAUCUUAAAUUACUAGAAAAAAUUACCAGAUGUUACCGAUGUUAUAUCAUCGGAAGUAAAAAUAUUCCUCUACAUUAAAAUGUACACAUCGUCUUUCCGCGGCUUUAAAUGUUUUUAGAAGAAGGUCAAAUACAUUAUUUCAUUUGUUUCCAAAACUGUCACUAUACCAACCCCCAGUGUGUAACAUAUUUUAGCUUUAAUGAAGUACUAUACUUGAUAAAUGCGACCAGUCUUUACCUGCUAUAAUGUGUUCUGUAUGGGACAAAAUCUAACAUGUCAUCAUCACCACCCCUUUAAACAAAAAAAUCAAGUUUUUAAUUAAAUUUGAUAAAAUGAGCUCAAGGAUGUUAACAAACCUAUUUUUCUAUCGCAUACAUUUUGCCCUUACAUGAACUAAAAAAUUAUAAGUUCCCAAACCAGUUUGACAACAAAUUGUGUUACAUUUUCUAAAAAAUAUAUGAUAUUUCAUUGCUUAAUUUCCUAUACUAUUUUUGUCUUGAAAAUAGAUGAAAUUGUUUUUAUAUGCCCCCACCCAAAAUAAUACUAAUUUAUUUUUCAAAUUCUCUCUUUAAAUGUAAAAUACAAAGUUGGCAUUUUUUAAAACAAAUUAUCAAUACUUUUUAUUCAAGUUUCUAUACAAUGCAUUGUAUUGUGGUUUUAAGAAAUUGCUAUGAUUGAAGCGACAUUACCCAAGUAAAUUAAACAUUUUUAAAAGUACGACCCACCUCUCCCAUGUUCAACGCUAUUUUUCUAUAAAAACAAGAUCAAUCAGGCAUAAAAUAAUGAAUUGUGAUAAGUUUUCUCAAUGGCAUGUACUUUUUUUUUUAAUUAAAAUGCCCAACAUUAUUGUUUCCAUAAUAUCGGUAAUAUAUUGUAGUACUUAUACAAAUAUAUUUAACGUUAUUUUUUUUUUAACUUUUAAAAUGUGAUAAAGCAAUUAGCUAAACAUAAUAUGCAUAGACUGAUCCCAUUUCAGUAAAGUUUUCUUAAACACAUAAACCUUUUUUUGUCUAUAUCUUGUAUAUAUUUAUUUUUGCACCAGAUCUCCAUAAUUUGACUUUUUGAAAUAAUAGCUAUUUUAAACAUUAUCCACCUUAGUUAAAAAAAUACCUUCCACGAUCAGUAUUAAAAUUGAUAAUACAUGAAAGACAUUUACAUAUACAUUUUAAGUUUACAUGUAAACUCUCCCUUUUUUCCUAAUUCUAAAUGACAUGUUUUUAUUAAAGCUCUUUUACUGUGGAAAAAGUCUAGUCUAAUUGUUAAAAAUAAAAUGUGGUUUUAAAAAUCCUAAAGACAAAAAUAAAUGGGUUUUUUCCCAUAUAUUUAUUUUUCCAUCCACAGAACAAAGAGGUCUUAGAAUUACGUACGUAUUUUAUUUAUCAUUUUUUUUAAAACACUUUUUGUGUAUUUUUUUUCCUAAGUUUUAGUCCACUUUAUUGCAAACCAUGUUUAUUAGAUUUGAUUUAGCAGCAAAGCAGCUUCAGAAGAUCAUUUGAGAAAUCAUUACAAACUUACUGAGUUUAUCUUCUUUACUGUUCAUAAUCGCUCUACCAUUGUAAAAAUAAAUUGUAAAUUUAUCUCAAGGGAGAUAACAUUGGCUGUCCUUCAAAAACUAUAUACAUUUAUUUCGUACCAGAGAUACAUUUUAUAAGUACCACCAACUUAUCGGUAUCCCAGGAAGAUUUUAUCGACAUGAAUUUAAAGUGUGAUUACGUGUUGUUUGGAGAGUAUAUGGGUUGAUGUUGUUAUUAAAUUUUUAUAUUGGGUGACGUAUUAGAGAGUUGUGGUUUUUCUUAGUUGAAUUGCAGUUGGGAUUUAAUGCAUAUCAAUUUUGUAUUUUAAUAUUAAUAAUCUAUGUUUUGUGAAGUGAAUAAAUUAAAUCCCUAGACACAACGAAACCAAUGAACCUUUUAGAUAAUACCCGGUUCGUAAUACCAGAGUGAUGAACAAUUUAUAGUGCGUUGUGUGGGUACAGCAGGGGACUCCAAACUUUUCAGACCGAGUGCCACAGUAAGUAUCAAACAGCAGUUCAGGGAUGACGACACACUCAGGGUCCAAAUAAAAAAAAGAAUCAAACAUGGAUUUUUACGUAUUUAUUUAAUAUUAUUUUAUUCAGUUAUUAUUUAAUAACAAAUUGAUACACUACACAUGAAUAGGUGUAUUAGAGGGAAUGGUAAAAUUAUUUCCUUGAUGUCAAAAUAGCACACAUUUUCGGCUUUAGAUUAGAUUUCCAAAAAAUCAAAAGUGACCUGAGAUUAUCAUCGGGCAAGUUUGUUCUCAAAUCGUUCUUCACGUUUCUUGAAAAUGUUUGUUCACACAUGUAUGUUGUUCAAAAGAUUGAAAGGUACCUUGAUGAAAAAAAAAUUACAUUAGCAAAAUCUUCCUUUGGCAAAAAUGGUAAAACCCCACCAGUUCUUUUUUGAAUGUGUCGCUGAGGAGGUCAUUACCUAGAAACUCAAUAACAUCCAGCUGCAGUUCAUCUCGGCAACUGGCCACAUCUGCUUCAAAUGGGUUUUGACACAAUCUUAAUUCUUCUGCCUUUUAAUAAAAGUCUGAAAACCACUGCUGAAACUGCAGCUGGAGGUCUAUGAUGAUCUUGCAUGCCAAUGACAUAUGCAUAUAGAUCCACUUAUGGUAGAGAGAUUGUGGCAUUAAAUGUAUCCUCUUCGGAAUAUUCGAAAAAUUCUUAAUAAGCUAACGACAUUCCCAAUACUUGAAACACCGUGAUAAGUAAUUGCGCGAAGGUAAUUAUCACUAAAUAAAAGAGUGCAACAUGUUCCGCAAUCAGAAGCUAACUUACAUUAUACCUUCCCAUCGCAGCAGUCAACCGCAACUGGAAAACUGUAAUCAAACUAAUCAAGUCUUAAACAAGCAACAAAGCAUUUAAAAACUCCGCCACUAGAUGGCGUUAUAUCAUCUCAUUAAAUGUGAACAGGAGUAGAAAAACUAAGCAGUGAAACUACUUCACGCCUCCAUUUAUUUCGGUAAAAACAUAACGUCCACGUAAGAGGCGUCUGAUCUUGGCAGGGUACACGUAAAUUUCCGUAAUUUUUUUCCCGUAGACAAAAUGGUUUCCAUCGACUUGAUGAUAGAGCCUCGCGGGCCGCAUCUGGUCCGUGGACCGCAGUUUAGAGACCCCUACGCUAUAGGAACCUGAGCUAUGAAUACAUGAUAAGCCCGAGUUUAUGGAGCACAUGGACUAAUUUAAGAAACUAAGUAUCUUCAGAACGUCAGUAUCUGAUUGACCCACCUUUAGUGUUAGUAUUACUAUAUGUUAAGGAGUUUUUAUGUUCUAUCUUUAAGUGCAUAGUAAUUGUUUGAUUAUUCUAUCAUAUCAAUUUGUAUUAAAUGUCACUAUAGUCAUCGAUUGAAUCUUAAGUGUUAUCAAGUUAUUAGAUAGUAAGUAUUUCUAUAGAAGGUUGGGUGUGAGCUAGAGAUUGUGAUUGUACAUGGGUGUGCGUGGAUGAUGCUUGAUCACUAGAAUAAUCUAAGAAGUACAGCAUAUAUUCUCUCUGUUGCUAGUAUAGUGUACUAUUUAUUGUGAUGGACCUACAUGCCUGGUAAGAUAUAAAACUGACUGUAACAAUAAAAACAAUGUGUAGUAUUCCGUAUGUAAAAAAUGUUACCACCAAAGUCUGCAGACAGCCGUGUCAUGGCAGAUCAUGUGAUAUUGUUCAGUGUCUGGUUUUGAUGCUGCAUGAGUAAGUGAUAUUUUUUUUUCCUUUAUCAUUUUAUUACACAAACAUUUUUCUGCCACGUUUGACGUAUGACCAUGGCAGUGUGUCGGAACAAACCACGUGAGGGGAGAGAGGAUUGUAAUUAUUUUUGUGAGUGACAAUUCCCCUCUGUUGUGAAUGUAGGAGGGAGCUUGUAGUGUUGGUAUAUUUAUUUAUUGUUCCUUAAGACAUGUUCAACCCACAUGCCUGCAAAUACAAAGGAUUAAAAACAUGACUCUGAACGGUUCCACUGCUUUGUGAUAUUUGAUUCUUAAAACACAUCGGUUCUGCGGGAGCUAGGAGAAAAGGUGCUUUGACUUUGAAAUGUUACGUUGGCCGUAACGAAAUGAUACUCAAGGGAAAUAGUCAACAGUUAGAUUCACUAAAUUGAAAUGUAAAUCAUGCUGCUCUUGAAGAUAAACCAUUCGGGCCUUUCACAACAAAAUGUAUAGUGCAAAGUGCCCAACCACUAUAUCAUCUUGUUAUCUAGCAUCGCGUGUUGCAUAUAAAUUUAAGGCCUUGAAAGUUGUUGUUUUUUUUAUAGUUUUUAUUAUCAGAACUUUUAUAUACAUUGGCUUGACAGGCCCUCUAUGUCUCGGUAUUCAUUCUUUCAGAUAAAGUAACUUCUGAUGACAAUGUUAAUAUUACACUUCUAAAAUUUAAAGAUGAAAAAGGACAAUACCUCACCAUAAAACAGGUAAAAUUUGUUUCUGGGACCUAUUAUUUUUUAAUGAGAAAUCAUUACUUUAUAAUAAAUAAUUGAAACAAAAAUAAGCAUUGUUUUAACUUCUUUAAACUUGUUUUUUCCUAAUUUAUAGUAUAUAAAGUUAUUUUUUUUCUUGCAAUGCAAAUAUGGUCAGAAAAAAAAGGAACAUUUAAAGCAAUAACACUUAAUACUAAUUUUAAAUACUAAUUGUAUCACAAACAUCAUAAAGCUAGUAAAAAUUGUAAAGUAUAAGAUGUUGAGAAAAACGUUUUAAAUGGUUUAGCGCAUUAAACCUUAACCUUUGUUCAACAAUUUCUCUCUAAGUGGUAUUUUCGUGUGAAAAUACUGAUGAGCUUUGAUAUGUUUUUCCUUGUCAAUCAGAAUAUUUUGUUUUAAUGGUACAAAAAUGAUGAGACGUUUCUCCUUUAAAAUGCUUGGAAUUUUUUUUGGAAAGAAGACUGAAUGAACCAGUGUCAGUUGUAUGAAUAAUACAAUUUCAUUUUAUUUGAAAUAUAUUAUCAAUGGUGAAAUUUUCAAAUAUCUUUGUAUACAUGCUUGUUGCAUAUAUUCGCCUAAAACGAGAUGCAAAUUAAUGUAUCAAAUUUAGUUAAAGUUUUUAAAGAAAAAAUAUUCAUAAGAUUCCCUUUUAAAGUAAGUUUCAAAUUGUGAGUUUUAAUAAAUUAUCAUGAUAUGUUCAAAUUGGUGUUUCUUUUAUAUAAAAAUUUGUAACGUGAUCAUUAUGAAAUGAAAUAACAUUUAAAAACAUUUUUUAAAUGUGGCGUUAUUAUCCAAAUAAUGUUUGCAUCUAGACACUAGUGAUUUAUAUAUAAAGAAUCUUUUUACUUACAUUGUAUAAUAUAAUCUUUCAUAUUUUACAAAAUUAAUAUAUUAAUGAUAUUGUAUGACUAUUCGUAUGAAAUAUCAUUUGAUUGACAUUUUACUGACAGUGUUGAACACACACAAAUAAAUUUAUAACAUAUCAUCACCCUGUUCGUCGUUUAAAACAAACUAGCAAAUUUACCCGAGCUUAACUGUUGAAAGUGAAAACUGAGGAGGGUCUUUAAACUGAUAGAUUCUAUAAAAUGUGUAUAUUUGUGGGCAACUUAUCUCCAUUAAAUUCAGUUUGUGACCAGCCAUAAAAAUAGCAAAUCUAUGGUAAGGAAAAUUUGUAGGUGGGGAACUCCUUGUUUUUUGUGGGGAGAUCAUUUUUUUUUUAUAGUCUUGUGUCAUCUUUAAUCUUUUAAAAUGUUUCGUCUCCUUUGAGAUGGUAAAAUAUUGAGAGCUUGUUUCAUAAAAUAUACUAUUUAAGGGGAGCUUUAAAAAAAAAAAGUGGUCCUAUUUUACUUUAUUUUUUAAAAAUUACCACGCAUCAUACUCUAUUGUAUUUCUUUUUUUACACCAAAAUAAUCUGUAAUUCUUUACAGCUUGAAAAUGCCUGACUGCCAAUUCAUUCGUAAAUUCACAAAAUCCACCACCACAACCUCAAACCAUCUCUCUCUUAUUAUUUACUCAUCAACAUCUACUUUUAAAAAAAUGCAUUCCUUCUCUUCAGUUUACGCCAUUUUUCUGUCCUCCCCUAAAUCACCGUUCAAUCCCUUGAAAACUAGGAUCUCAGUUGAUCUUCCUCCAUCCCAUCUAUGCCAAAAAUAGUAUUAAUAGCGGAAGUACACCCGGGUGACAAGUAUUUAUAUUUGCACAAAUUAUUGAAGCCAUGGCAGUCUAUGAAGAUCAAUUAUUAGGCGAAAACUUCAUUUUAGACCACAUGUUGUAAAGUCGGUGGUUUUACUUUAAGCUGCCUUGUUUGUCAGUUCCUAAGACUUUUACGUUCACUUCCUAAAAGGAUUUUCCUCUUGAAAAUAUACCAUAAAGUUGUACAUCAAAGUGUACAAGACUGAACACAUGAGAGGGCAUGUAAAAUUGCUAAAGAACUGUUCUUUUCGCCCCUUGAAUCUCAAUAAUUUCAAAACAUUGAUUGAUUUAUCAAAGUUGCCGUCUGAAAUUUCAAGGGCAUCACCCCCUUAUGACAUUCCGUGUGUUUAAAGGAUAGAUGCAAUUUAGUUAAGUGUCAAAUGAAGAGCUUUUUCUCCAACGGUAAUAUCUCCCUUAAUGUCUUCCAUGAGCUACUCCUUACUUCUGUCGAAUAAUGCGUGUAGGAUUACACAUGAAUGUUACAAAUAAGUCAGGUUUACCAUAUGUCCUGGCCAUGGUCAUAGCAUCUUGGUAUUUUUAUUCAUAUUUCUUCUGCUCCCUAUGAAGGUUGAAGGCAAUAUUUCUUUCUUUCUCUGCAAAAUAAACUUUAAAAUUGCUUUUGUUCACAAAUGGGUUUUGGACGACAUCUUAUUGUGUUUUGAUUUUUUCGAAUCCAUUUCAAACAGUUUGCUUUGGUCUUGCAAUAGACGCCGACAAUGAUUCGUGAUUAAGCUAUACUGCCUUAAGGAACAAGUCAAAGCUUCGAUAAAGUAUGGCGAAAUGGUAUAAAUAUAAUUGAAGAUCAGAAACAUCUCCAUGACCAACGGUUUUCUUCAGGUCUGCGGUCCACCCUAAAUCCGCAAAGCAAAGGGUAACUUAUUGGGUCACAGAGUCUACUUAGAUGGAUUUAUUUUAGUAAAGAGAAUACAAGUUUCUCUGGCAGUGUGAUCGUCGGUUCUGAUUUGUUGCACAUUAUUUACCUCUGCUCUCAAGAACGCCCUGAUGUAUUCAAUAGUCUUUCGGUUUGCCUGAUUUUCUUUUAGCAUUUCUUUUUCUUCAAAAUUUGAGCAUCUUAUGCACAAAAACGUCACCGUUACAACCUAAAAAGGAACAGAUGCAUAAUUAAUCUCUUCACGACAUAUGGUCACUACCUACAUUACUCACCGAUGACUGACUACGACGUUAUUUUAUAGACAUUAAACGCCGAGUACAAUUAAUACGUAAUAUGAUAAGUAAUGGUCUUGAUUUUUCAUUAUUUCAAACUAUUUACAACAUUUAAAUAUACUUGCACCAUCUCCUUAUUAUUCUGCUCCAAAUUCCCAUUCAGUUUUUUUUUAAUACCCUACUUAUUAAACUCUUUUACAUUACCUUUAUAGAGAUAACCUUGCUUGUAUAGAAUAGAUUAUUUAAUUAAAUAAAUAAAUCAUGAAGUGUUGUUUGUUGGUCUCAAAUUUUGCUAUUUAUUUUAAUGUUCAGAGUUUUUUUUUAACAAUAAUUAUUAUUUCUAUUUAAUAGAUGAAGGCAUUAUUUUUGGAACAACGUCAAGAAAGCAAUGUGACAGCAUCAAUGGAGAACGAAAUGUUUUUACAAAGACAAGAAUUGUUUUCUGCUGAAGAAGUCAUUUAGCUUUUUAAUUUUUCUGUAUAUUUGACUUCUAAAAAUCGUUUUUCACUUUUAAAAAAAGAUAAAUAUAACUAUUUAUAUGUAAUUACCUUUAAAAAUAAAGUAUAAUAAUUAAGUAAAAAGACAUAAAUCCAACAUACUCAAGCAAAAGAAACAUCACUCCUUGACCUUUUAUCUUAUAUUUUAAAAAAAGUAUCAAGAGUUAUUAUUAAGAAUAAAGUAUGUUAUAUUUUUAAUAAUAUAUUUAUCAUUGCAUAUUUUUAGGAGUAUUUUACAUUUUUUGUAAUGGUUUAAUUUGCUUUUGUUACAUUUUAUUGAAUGUUUUAAUUUAAAAAUUGUUCUUAAUUUUUAAAUUAAAAGGUCCUUAUUACUUAGGGAUUGAGUAAAUAACGGAAAUGCUUCAAUUGAGUUAUUUUUAUCCCUUUCUUUUGUCACACUGGUUUCUUAAGAAUAAAAUAAAAUUAAUACAUAUCCAUUUUUAUAACAAAAAGAAAGAACUAAGAGGCUGGAAAGUGGGACAGACACAGCCUGCAAAAAAAAAAAAAAACUCAUUUAAAAUAAUUUUUUUUUAAUUUUCCUUUGGUGAAAUAUUUAUUUGAUAAAUAACUAAGAGGCUGGAAAGUGGGACAGACACAGCCUGCAAAAAAAAAAAAAAAACUCAUUUAAAAUAAUUUUUUUUUAAUUUUCCUUUGGUGAAAUAUUUAUGUGAUAAAUCAUAGUUUUCAAUUGAUAAAAGAGUUUAAAAGAAACUAAAAAUUAUACGCUUAGCCGCUAUUCCGUUUGCAUGUGAACUGUUCCGAUUUCCAGUCCGCUAUAAGCUCAUUGCAGACAAAGGAUCAUUUUCCACUUUAAAUAAGUUGUUUAUAAAAUUAAGGAAAACUACGCACCUAAACUAAUUAUAUUAUCUCUUAUUUGUCCUUCAGUUUUUACUCAAAACCCUUUCCAUGCUCUAAAUAUACAAGUUAAAUCUUUAAACGGGUUUCGCGAUCCCCACAUCAAUUCAUCUAUUUUCAUUCUAUUUUGCGUGAAAAUUCGCUUUACAAUUUUAAUAUUAAUUUUGCUUAAAACACUAAAAUUAUUCACGUUUUAUUCAUGUAUCCUUAAAUCAGUUUAAAUUCAAAGAUGUUUAAAUAUUCAUAAAAUUUAGUUUACAUUUUGUUUCAAGGAACAAAUAUUUCGUUGCAUUUUUAUGUAUCUAUCCAUCAUCCAUGUCUUUUUUAAACAUCUCCCCAAAACCCUCUACUCACAUUUGACUGAUGCUUUACUUAUUCAUGAUUGGAUUCCCAGCUUCUGUAGAUCCUUCUCCACAUCAUCCAUCCAUCUAAGCCUAGAUCUACCUUUGAGCUGUUUUUAUCUGGAGUUUUAGAGGCGCGCCCUAUUCACGCCCCGUUCAUUUGGAAUUCUUUCAAAGUAGCCUGCCCUCUGUUUCCUUGUCCAGAUUGUGUGCUUGAAGGUCCAAUUAUAUCUAUUAUUUCAUCUUUUCAAAGUUUCUCCCAAUCUUAUCAUUUGUCUGAAUUAAAGAUGUGUUUUUUCCAUAAAUUGUGGCUUUUGUGAUCCAUGUUGUAAAGAAUUCUAAUUUGCUUUAAGUGGCGAGAAAUAGUUGACAUAUAUUUCUUUGCCAACUCCUACAACUUUUGUAUCUGAUGGUAUUUGAGACAGGUGACUGGCCGUUAUAUCUGUUAUUUCCAUGCUGUCCUAGUUCUAUUCUAAACUUUCUAAACCAAUACUUCUUGUAUCCUGGUAUUCGACAGUGAUAGCAUGCGUUCAUUAUUAGAUGAAUAAUUUUUAUUUGUUCUUAUCUUCUUUAUUAGUUUUUAAUAUUCAUGAUCUGCAAUUAUUAUUUUUUUAAUGUUUUUAUUUGAGAUAUUAUUGUUACUUUUCCCUUUCUUCAGGGAUGUGCAUCUUUAAAAGUAUUGCGUCUAUUAAUUCUCUUUCUGUCUUAACUUUCAUGACAGUGCAUAGAUUUGGUGAUGCAUUUCCAAGUGUUUUAUCUACUAUGAAAAUAUCUAGAAGAGCUUUCGUUAAUGUUGGUAUAAACUGUAAUUAAUUCUAGCCAUUUGCUUAGAUUCUUCAAAUAUAAAGUUUUAUAGUAUUUGUAGCUUUUUCUCUAUCCAAUCUGAUUUGAUGAAAUUGCCUUCUUUAAACUUCUAUCUUUCCAUUACAUUUUAAUUAAACAUUCAUGAUAUACGGAUAUACUUUAUUUUGUUGUUAAGUUAGAGACCAGACAAUGCUUAAACUUUUCCCCUGAAAGUUCGCUUAAAAAUAUGUCAUCACUAGUAUAUUCGUUGUAAAUAUUAUUUUGUUCAAUGUCACUCCUAUUUUGUUAAGUAACAUGUAAUGUCUUCUUCUUCUUCUUAAAGGUCCGAAUUUCGGUUCUAUAAGUGUUUGACUAUUUUCUUCACCGUGCUUACACCAUUUGUAUUUCAAGCCCCAAGUCCCUCUUUUCCAAUUUCAUAUGUUGUCUCUUAAUUCUAUAGUUAAAAUUAUUUUCUAAUGUAUUAUAUGUAUUUAUACGCCAUGUCAAAUCAGAUUGAGGUUUACUCAAUGUUCAAUAAAAUCUAAUUGUCGUUAUGUU